AUGGACCCGGUUGACACGCCGGCUGCCCGACAGGGCUGGAACACAACACAGCCAUCAACUGUGGACAUUACACUCCUUAGGGCCGUAAUAUACUUGAUGCUUGAUCGAACGUACGCAUACACAACGCGUUGUGUACGCAGCACUAUGCAGCCAAAAUGCACAAUACUGGCGGUCACCACAUGGGGCAGACAACAGAAAUAUAGGAUUAAGGCAGCUAAGCCAGGAAAUGCAGGAUUCAGUGCAAUCAACUCCUUACAGAUCGAUUUGUCCUUACAGGAUCAGAUUGGCAAGGAUUUUGAGGCUAAAGUACUGUUUAAUGGAGUGUUGAAAGUUAGUUGUGUGGAUAGGGAACAGUAUGAGGACGCUAAAAAAGUGGGGAAAGUGGUGGCCAAAGUAGAGAUGAUAAACAUAACUCCUAAAGACAGUCAGGAAAUUAAGGGAGUGGUCUAUGGAAUGUUUGCCGGGCUGUCAGAAAAGGAAAUAUUGGACAAUAUUAGAGGGGGCCAGGUAGCAGCUGUACGGAGAUUCAAGAGUAGGGAGGGAGCCAAGGGGGAUCCGCCGGUCAUGCUGACUUUUAAAAACACUGAGCUGCCAGGCAGAGUUUUUCUGGGGAGCAUGGCAUAUCAAGUGAAGGAGUAUGUUAGACCUCCUCUGCGCUGCUAUAAUUGUCAAAGAUAUGGGCAUAUAGCGGAUUCUUGUCUGGGGUCUCUGCCUGUUUAUAAAGUUCCCCUGAAAGAAGAACAAAUCAGUGUCACUGGGUGCAAGUGUUUCAGUUUCGGGAAAGAAAUAACUAAACCUAAUCGCACCAUUAUGGUUCUGGGAGCCACUGGUGCUGGAAAGUCAACUCUCAUCAAUGGGAUGAUCAAUUACAUUCUGGGUGUCCAAUGGGAGGAUUCAUAUCGCUUUAAGUUAGUUGAUGAGGAUCAGUCAACAUCACAAGCUCACAGCCAGACCUCUGAAGUCACUGUGUACAAUAUCAACCACCAGGAGGGGUUUAAAAUAGAGCACUCACUGACCAUUGUUGACACUCCAGGGUUUGGAGAUACAAGAGGCAUAGAAAGAGACAAACAGAUCACGGAACAGCUCCAUAAUCUCUUCUCUGCUAAGCUUGGGAUAUUGCAGAAAACAUCACAAGCUCACAGUCAGACCUCUGAAGUCACUGUGUACAAACUCAACCACCAGGAGGGGUUUAAAAUAGAGCACUCACUGACCAUUGUUGACACUCCAGGGUUUGGAGAUACAAGAGGCAUAGAAAGAGACAGAGAGAUCACAGAACAGCUCCGUAAUCUCUUCACUGCUGAGCUUGGGGUCAGUCACAUUGAUGCUGUGUGUUUUGUAGCUCAGGCUGCUUUGGCCCGACUCACACCAACACAGAAAUAUGUGUUUGAUUCUGUGCUCUCAAUCUUUGGCAAAGAUAUUGCAGAAAACAUCAGAGUUCUGGUGACGUUUGCAGACGGCCAGAAACCACCAGUUCUUGAGGCAAUCAAAGCCUCAGGUGUCCCGUGUCCUCAAACAACAGAGGGGCAGCCACUUCACUUCAAAUUCAAUAAUUCAGCGUUGUUUGCAGACAACAAAUCAUCUGCAGAAGGUGGCAUGAGUGAGGAUGACGAAGAUGGAAGCUUUGAUAAGAUGUUUUGGGACAUGGGGACAAAAAGCAUGAAGAGGUUCUUUGCUGCUUUAAAUGUCAUGAAAACCAAAAGCUUGACCAUGACAAAAGAGGUCCUCAGAGAGAGACAGCAGCUCGAGAAUUCAGUUGACAAUUUGCAGACACAGGUUAGAGUUGGGUUAGCAAAGCUCGAAGAGUUAAAAGAGACAACUGACAAACUGAAAGAGCACGAGGCAGAGAUCAGCAGAAAUGAGAACUUUGAGUUUGAAGUCACUGUCAUGAAGCCUGUUCAAAAAGACAUUUCUGGUUCUGGAAAUUACAUCACCAACUGUCAGCAGUGUCAUUUCACCUGUCACUAUCCCUGUGGAAUACCCAGUGAUGCAGAUAAGGCUGGCUGUACUGCAAUGGGACCAGAUGGAAAAUGUAGACAGUGUCCAGGCAAAUGUAACUGGACUGUACAUUUUAAUCAGAAGUACAAAUGGAAGUAUAAGAAGGUUAAAGAAAAACGAACAGUGACAGAGCUGAAAGAAAAGUACCUACAGGCCAACAAGGCAAAGGCACCUGAUGAGGUACUGACUGGAAACAUCAGGGCUGCAUAUGAUUAUGUGCACACACAGGUGGUGAAAUUUAUGGAGAUGUCUGCUCAGUGUCUAAACAGACUUAAAGAGAUAGCACUGAAGCCAAACCCUCUCUCCACCUCAGAGUACAUUGACAUGCUUAUUGAGGGAGAGAAAUCUGAGGCCAAGCCAGGCUGGAAGCAACGAGUUCAGUCCCUGAUGGACAUGAGAGAAAAAGCACAGCUCAUGGCUAAAGUAGAAAGAGGAGAGAAACUCCUCAGACCAUCAGACCAUUAA